GUGCAGCUGAGCAGAUCUGCUUUGCCCGUGCAGCCGCGCAUACGAUUCGUUGGGCAUUUAUCUCUGAGCGCUGAGGAUCGGAGCGAGGAAGCAGGAACAAUGGCGAGCCCAGCAGCAGCAAGUGGCGACCGCGAGACUUCCAUCCCAAUGCCUGCUGGCGCUGCGGCUGCCGACCCGGCUGGCAAUGAGUUACUCAGAGCAAGCGCUGCCGCCAAGAGCGAGACCAGAUUGAACCGCUUGGUGCGGUUUGUCGCCUUGGGGGAGUGGGCGGGCAACGCCUUCGGGACCCUGGCCUUCUUGUGGGCGACCGUCGUCUUGCUCGGUGGCUUCUGCUCCAAUCUUGAUCCUACGGAUUUUUGGUACGCUACGGCCAUAAUCUUCAUUGAAGCCUUCAGCAUGUUCAGCCGCAACUACAGAUUGGACGACGAGUCGCUGUUUACGACUACUCGGGCACUCAGACGGACAAGUUGCCUCUCCAGGGGGCACUCCUGUUGACGGUUCGGCUGCGACGAUACCUAUGGUUUUUGUUGUGGGCUAUCUUAAGUGCCCUUCUGGCCAUCACUGCAAUAGACUUGUAUGCAAUGAUGGUCAAAGGCAACAAGGGCAAUGUUCUAGGGGUCACUGUGGAUGAUGUAGUAAACUGGUGCGGUUCCGAGUUAGCAGCAAUGCCGCCAAAGGUCGUCGCAGUGCUGCUGCUGCUCAACUUGAGGCCCCCAAGGAUUGCCAACCUAACAAACAGCGCUUCUGGCCGUAAGCUGCUACUUGGGGCCAAAGUGGUUCUAUCCAUAUGGUUAAUAAGUUAUAUGGCGUCACAGCCAUGGGGUCUACCGUAUCCUUUCAACUGGUAUUACUCCUUUCUGGGCAGGGCAUUCACUAUAUUGGUGCUAUCAAUUAGCAGCAUACAAGAUGCGGCAGAUGGUUGCAUUGACUUCUGGAUUGACACCUUCCUGCAUAUAUGUUUCGUUGGGGAAAUUUUCACAACAUUUUCCAUAGUAAGCAACGGGCUCCAAACUUUUCUUGCAAUGCUAGUGAUGCUACUGAUGGGCAACCUGCAGAUACCAGCAGCCGUCGCACGGGUUGUGCUCUCGUCAUCGCGCCUUCACAUGGUAGCUCUAGCUCACCGUGUUUACCCAAAGGGCAGUAAUCCAAACCUGGUGCCGUCACUGUUGGUUUUCUACGUGAUGGUGCUAUGUCAAGGGACAUUCUACAUCGUGGCGUGCAUAUUGGAGAUCUUCUCCUUCUUCCUUCGCAGAUCCCUUGCCCAUCACUCCGGGUUCAGGGGCCAGUGGGGAGUCAGAGCGACCGAUCUUUACUACCAGCGUGUCUACACAACAUGCAUGGAGACUGGUGUAUUUGCUCAAGGGAACAUGAUCAGCCUUGUCAGCUUCGCCAUCAAGUCCCUGGGCUCCUGCUCACACGAAUUUCAGCUCGCCGGAGUUCGUGUUCUUGACAGCCUCCUGCAACGGAGGGACUCCAGCAAAGAGCUCAUCACCUCAGAAGUCACCAAAUCUAACAAAGCAGUGACCAUUUUGAUCGGCAUGCUUGGUCGGACAGCUGUGCGAGACAAGCAUAUCAGACUGUUUGCUGCUAGGGUCACCGCCGAGCUUGCUAGCAGCCUCAGAAUCGCCGUGGUUCCCGGCCUGCUGAGUUUGGUUUCUUCACUGCUUGAUGCCGAAAAGCAGCCAGCAGAGCAACCCUCCCUGUCCCUGGUAGCCCAUGGAUCUAAAAACGAUGGGAUGAACAUUGGCGAUAGUCCAUCAGGGCGGAGCUCCUCUGCCCAGGCCACUGCUGGAGACGAAAUUGCUGGAGGCAAUGUCAGAAAUGAACCAAGCAUGCAAGACCACUUGUCUCAGGCUGCCGGCGGCAACGAAGAGAGUAGUAUAUUGGUUAAUCAACUAGCAGGGCAAGAAUCUUCAGAACAAUCCGAUUACAGAAAUGGAGAGAAUGAAGGUAACCGACCAGCACGAGGUCAGUCUGUGCAAGAAGGCAAUGCUGGAUUGUGCCACUGGUUACACCAGCGUUGGAGGCUGAUAAAAGAGAUGUGUUCCUUCGAGGAAGAGCUCCCAGUGACGCAUCAGGAUUCCCUCCCGGUACUCGGCAUGCAAAUUCUCGAGAGGCUUGCUUAUGAUCUUGGCAACCGUUCAGAAAUCAGCAGAGCCACGGGCCUCAUCUCAAAUAUCAUAGAGUUGAUAAGCUACAGCAUCGUCACGGCAAAUAGUAACGAGGAGCAUCAGAAAGCCCUGGCAUGUUUAUCGCUGAAUUUGCUGAGGAAUCUUGCAAACACGGGCGAGAAAAUCGGUUCAGAGCUCCGGCGAGAGUUGUGGGCGAAUCCCUUGCUGCUGCGCAAGCUCGCAGGUAUCAUGGAGGACAGCCGCAGCGGCCCUGAAGUAUGGGAGCCUGCGAUGGAUAUCAUAGCCAAGCUGGCAUGGGACGAGGAAGCGAGGCAGGAGAUUGGCAGCGCUCAAGUGAUUACUGGAAAACUGAUGCAUGCAUUUCUUGGCCGGAGAGGGGAGGAUACCAGCAUGUAUUAUGAUCAGCCGUUGCGGAUGGUUGCAGGGGAAGCACUGGCUUAUCUUUCGAUAGGAAGCGCUGCCAACUGCUCGGCUAUCUUGAAGGAACCGGGAUAUGACGUUAUCAAGGACCUCAAGGACAUGCUUUGUGGCAUUGAGUACAGAUACCUCGCAGCAAGUAUAAUAAAGAGUCUCUGUACGCACUGCACAGAUGAGCUGCGGCGUCACAGCUCAAGGGAGCAACUUUCAUCUGCCUUGCCAAUGGUGAUGGAAACAAUAAUAUCUACGCAAGGCAAACAACUAGAGAUUCUAAUCAGCCUCGCUUCGCAAAUAUGCAACGUCAUUCCUGAACUACCCGAUGUCUUCGGUAUGCAAUCACAAGUCGAUGUUACAUCAUUUGUCCACAAGAUGAUGUGUACGCUGCACGAAAACAUGCUACCAAGUCCUGAGUAUCCAAGGAUGAGAAGGGUCAUUAUUGAGAUGGCAAUAUCCAUCUUGGAGUUAUAUCCUCGCUAUGCAACCAUCUUCAGAGAAAACGGAAUGAUGGAUGCGUUGUCCAAGGUAGAGAGUACCACCCCAUCGAAAGUCGAAAAGUACCAGGUAUUCUUUGGCAACGUAGGAGUGAUAUUGGAGAGUGGUGUACCUCUGCCAGUCCUUGUGGUCAAAGCAAAAGGACUAAUUGGUUCUACAACUCAGGGCCUAGAGAUUACAGUUUUACCCAUGGGUAUGGGUAGAUGCGGUAUCCUACCCAAUGAGUAAGGGUAUGAGUAUGGAACUCUACCCAUGGUUAAGGGUACAUGUACGGAAUUCUACCCGUAGGUACCAGAUAGUAUCCAUAUUAAAGAAGUCCAUGCACACGUUGAUCUAAAGUACAACGUUCUUUUUUUUUCUUAGGGUGAUGUUAAGUCGGACAUAAUUGAUCAUGGCUUGGGAGAUGAUUGGAUGAAAAGUUAUAAUAUUUAUUUGGCUUGUGUUGCUGGACAAUAGUUGAUCGAUCCUUAUGUUGUAAUGAGUAUCUUAUUUAGCUUGUAUGUGAUAAUUUGAGACUUAUAUAUGUGUGUGAUAGUUUGAGACUU